AUGAACAAGAAAGUGAAAGUGAGUGUUAGAAGUUGCAUGAUGUUGAGGGAAGAUGUUCGCUCGAGUGAGAACGUAGUUGUACGUCAGGUGGAACUACUUACUCAUACUAUUUCUCUUUCUUAGGAGCGUUUCUUCUCCUCGUCAUCUGAUUUACCUCUGCCGAACACACAUAGCGAUAUUGUUAUGUCAUGAGGAGACACGCGUAAACGACCCUAGCGAUAAUUUUCAUGGUCAUGACCUUGUUAAUCAAUACCUCCACAGGAAUCCUCAUUCUGUUACAACAUGAUUGUCCCUCCCCACCUUGAAGUUGAUCCUCUUAUAUGCAUGAUAGCGUCUUCAUGUCAUACCCGAUUACUUAUUUUCUCACAACUACAUUGACACAGACACCCUAGGUAGCUGCGGCUAGAGAGUACUUUAAUAGUUGACCAUUGAUUACCCCAUGAAGAUUAUCCGUAGGAAGAUUUUUGCAUCCUCACUCCAGCAUCAAUGAAGCAAUGGAACUAAGAACCUUUGUUCUUUUUUGAUGUACGACUAGUACGACUCAUUCCCUAGAUUGAAUUCUUGUAUUUUUGUUAUUGUUACAAUUACAACGCCUCUUGCCAGGCAUAUCAAUCAAUCAAUCAAUUAUUCUUGUGUUUUUGUUUAACCCACGAUGCCAGAAUUACAAUCUAGCUCCAGCUCUUCCGAGCAAACACCGGCGCAAAUGAAGCUAGCAGCCACGAAGGAACUCUGGGAGGCUGGUGAUAAAUUAAGGAUCAUCGUUAUAGUGGAAGUGUAGUUGAUAGUGUUAAUAUUCCAUUACCAGUUCCAUGAUUGAAUGGUUCCGGUAUUUGGUAACCUGAAUUUGAUCCUAAGGGAAAACAAGAAGAGAACCCUUAGGAUCAAACUCAGGUUACCAAAUACCAGAACCAUACACCAUUACCAUUUCCAUGAUGCAGGAAAAAGAUCCUCAGGAGCCUCAUUUCGAAAGGACAAGAGGCCACUAGAGAUGAGCGAGAGGUGAUGGAAUGUCAAUGUCGUCGCAUUUGCAACUUGAUGAACUUCUAAAGUCAGAGGUGAUAGAGAAUUUCCAAGAGCUGCUUUUCCCCAACGGUUCGAUCACGGAUUUGCCCAGGAAUAUCUCUGCAAGAUGCGCAGAAGUGUGGAAUGGACAUCAUGUGGCUUAUAGGUACAAUAGACGCGAUACCCUACAGCUCCUUGUAGGUGACGAAGAUACUUUUACUUCGAAGUGGAAGUAGUACUAGAUCAAAAAAAAGGAUUAUUUGAAAUGUUCUUGUUGCUGUACUAGCAGAAGCAGCAGUAGUACUAAUUAGACCUAGUUGUAGUUCUACUUCUAGUGCCAGUUCGCGAUAUACGUCAUUUUUCUACCUCAUCAACCUAAUCAUGAUGUUUCACGUUCUUUCAUCAUCCACAGGUGUCUAACAUGUGGUAUCUCGCCUUCUAGUUGCAUUUGUGUGGCGUGUUUCAACGCGGGUGAGCACGAAGGUCACGACUACUUCAUCUAUCGUUCCGACUAUGGUGGUUGCUGUGAUUGCGGCGAUUGUGAUGCUUGGGAUGUCACCGGAUUUUGUCGGUAUCAUUAAGGCUGAAGUCCUUCUGAAUAAAGGAGAAGAAAGUAGAAGCAAGAGGAAAUUUAAUGACAAUGAGUAGCACGUGGUUGCCCUUACUGGAGGUGACUUGGUAGCACUUGGUUGCACUACUUCCUUGGUUGCAAUAACCAUAACGACUGGGAGGUCGUGAGGGUGGAUGAUAAAGGUGAUGAACGUGCGGUUGAAAGGUAAGUGUCCUAGAUUUGAUCCUUCUGUUUUCAAAUGUCCUAGAUGAUCCUUCUGUUUUCAAAUGUUGUAGACCCGUGAAGGUCUUCCUCCUCUAACAGCCUCGGAUGGCCUACGAGGCGAAUCGACGGAACCCAUGCACCAACUUGCCACACAAGAUCAAAAACACACUGCGGAACAUCUUACCGAUACAGCUGCAGCGGUUGUGCUACCAUUUGUCGGAAUGGAAUCGAGGCAACGGUGGAGGAGAACUGCAACCGGGAGACGAGCUGAUGUUGUCCCCCUUGGGGAUCAAUCUAGGAUCAGGGAGCAGUCAAGAGCAGGACGAUGCUGGUGUCAAUUCAAACAACGGUGGAAAUUUAUGAUUUGGUCUCGGUCAGCACUCAAAUAGAAAUAGAGUGUAACCAAAACCAUCUUCUAGUUAACAGAUUUCGCUGAAAAGCAUCUUUCUUGAUGAUCUUGAGGUGAAGAUGAAGCAUCAUCCUCGUUUAGUUAAUACUGUUGUAGGGAAUUCUACUACUGCGCCGUGCUAAUGCAACUAUUUCUAACGAGUGGAAACACAACAUCCUCUGGAUUCGUGAAUUUGCGUAGUAAUCGUUCGCGGUCUCGUUCGCGGUCUCCAGGCUCACCCGGCAACGAUGACGAAGACUCUCUACCCGAAGAAUGCAAAGACCACAUCCUCUUCCUCCUGAAACUAGCACAAGCACACGAUGGCUUGCGGCACAUCAUCAGCGAGGCUUUCGCGAAGGAGGUCUAUGGGGGCAAGUCGAUCCUCGAAUUCACCCUUCGCAUAGGCUCUGCGCAUCUGAGCAAGGAGACCGAGCUGACGAAUCUGUUUCUGGACUUGAUGUUCGACGCCAACUUCAAGCGAACCUUUGCUCGCAUUUUCCUGAAGUUGUACCCAGACUUGAUCUUGAAUAGGUCUGAAGUUUUGGCCAGCCUCGUAGACUCAGAAGAGGAUAGUACCAUUAAGGCUUGUCCGAAUCAAGAUUACUACAGGGGAGUUUCUUCAAGAUUACUACGUUGAGUUCUGUCUCCUCGGGGGAGUUUCUUCAAGAUGGAUCAAAACCAAAGUUGUAGUUGUUGCGUCACCUUCUUCCUUGCUCUUCAAGAGGAAAAAGGUCUCUUCAGGAGCUUCUUCGUGAGCUCUAAUAGCAGUUCUCAAGUGGGUGCGGACCCUACGAGUUUGGACCGCGUGACAGUCCAACUCUUUUCGAUCAGAGCAAUCACGUUGGAGUUGUUGGAGGAUACGGAAGCGCAGUUAUUGGACACUUUGCUGUCGACGACGAAAGUUACGAUUUGAUGCUUGAAGAUGAAGUCGACGUAGUUGUAUUCGUUGAGAUGACUUUGUUUACUAGUAAGUAGUACUAGUCUACUAGUCCUGUUUUACGUUUCCCAACAACUGCGUCAAGGACUAGAUAAGAUCAUCAGACUGGAAAAUCAUGACUGCGAAUAGCUUUAGCUCGUCAAGAUGACAUCUUGAAGAUGGAUCAACAUAGUUCCGAAGUCCUGUUUUCCUUUUUUCGUUGUUAAGUUGUAGACCUAGACGUAGAUGGAUACACAUACACCUCGUCGUAGACCUAGACCUAGAUGGAUAGAUACACAUACACCUCGUCUUCAUCUCUUCUAAUUGCUCCCUCCUUCUCCUCGCUUGCGACCGCGCCAGUCGGGUCAAAUACCUGGUGAACAACCACUCGAUCCUCACCAAACGGAGUUAUUUUCAGUGCACCCACGAUUUGAGGUUCGUCCUGGAUCAUCAAGAAGUCGUGGACGAACUUUUCGCUAGGAAGACCUUUCGCGAGGUCCUCUGGUCUGGCUGGCUGGAGAUUUGGAAGAUCAUUCAGUGUGCGAAUCCACAUGUGAGGAUUCAGGAGGACGGCGAGCAUGUGCAGCAUGAGAACGCCAAGUGGGGGAACAGUCUAGUUUUCGAAUCCGAUAUCCAUUCGGCGAGUUCGUCGAUGAUCGUGACGUUGGAGAACCGAGUCAGAGCAGUGGAUACCGUAAAAUGGGCUCUGAUUCCUCUGUGUAAAGCACUAAGGGAUUGGAUUGCGACAGUUAGGCAGAAUGAACAACACUGGUACUUACAACCUCCUACUUAUAAUAUUCAUAUUUUCUUGUGCGUUUUUGAGUAAGUCAACAUCCUGUUUUGAAGAUGAAGAAGACAAUAAGAUGAAGAAGACUCCAGAUGAACCACUUUUAGUUUUAUCUAAGAGUGAAGAACAACAACAAUCUCAAUGUUCAGGUUUAGCUUAGGAGCCCAUUACCUCCACUCCCAGGUACAUCGCCCUCUGCAAGCCUGACCCGGUUACGAAUGAGAAAAUCGCAAAAUUUACACCCGAAGACGAACCCUGUGGUCAAGUUGGCUGUGACUACAUGGUAUCCAAGCAACCCGUUAGCUUCCACAUCCCAAUGCAUAGGAUUUUCGCGUCUUUGAUGCACUGUGUCUGCUCAAGCCCAAACGAAACGGCAGUUAUCAAAGAGAAAGCCAGCGAUGCUGAUUGGCGAUCGACGAAUACGACUGGCAGCAUCGGGGCGUUUGCAUCGUCCACAGCUGUUGCUGGACCUGCCGGGAUCAAGGUGGACGAGCACGACAGUGGCUUGGUCUGCAUGGAAGCAGACCCGACGUCUCCACCUAGUAAGAAGGACAUGGAGAACAACGUGAACAACAACCUGACGAUCGACACGGACAUCAAUCUCAGUUCUCCACCGCCAAAACGCACGUCCAAAGACCCGGCUUCCGGCAGUCCAACUAAGCAAGGCUUGUUCGCUAGCAUUGUGAGCCAAGACUCACCGAAGAAAACACCAGCGGAGAAGAAGAAAUCCGGAGGAAUGAGCUCGUUUUUGGCCAGGUUGGAAAACAAUCCUUCUUUGGCUGGGAAAGGUGGUGUUGCGUUUUCAAAUCCGGUUGUGGAACAUGACGCGUUUAAAGACGUGUAUGCGCUGUUUUCGAAUACGGAGGAGUUGUUUCGGAAAGUGAUGGGCGAGGAAAACUUUACAACUGGUAAUUAUUUUUUCGGUUGUGACUGAUCCCAAUUACAGUCGACCUCCUACUCCUUCGAAAUACUGAUCUUAGAAAGUCCUAGGCCCAUCUUAUUACUUCGAUGGUCGUGAUUUAAAUUCUUCACCAAUGAUUGAUAAAGUUGAAUCUACUUACGUACUAAAAAGUCCUAAGUCCUAAGUCCUGAACUCAAAAAAUCCUAUUUACAGUCGACCUCCUACACCUGAUGGAGCAUCCUCUGCGGUGUCUGGUUUUCCACGCGCAGUGUUACGGAUUUUCGAGUCUUUGGUUAAGAAACGGUGAUAGCGUCGCUUACGAGGCAUGCUUCUACAAGAAGAAUUACUGGUAUUGAUGAUAUACCUUUCUGUUUCUUGUUGCGUUGAUUCGUCUGAUGUUCUUAUGCUCUUCAGGUGGCGGCUAAGAUGGACAUCAAACAACAAAGUAAGUAGCCGAUUACCUCUACAUCUUCAUGAGGACGAUAACGUCUAAGACAAAAAACAUCAUGGUUUAAUCUUCCCACCCUAAAAAAAUCCGCAACAGGCAUUCUCUCUUCGUGGAUCCCGAUUUGACUUUGAUUCGACUCGUCAUGCUCGCUCUCUCCGAGACCGAUCAGCUGCCUGCUUUCAUCGCAACUUUUCUCCAGAGAUUCGAGGCUGGUCCACGACUUGUCGGCCAUUCUGUGGAGACUUUGUUUCUCACCCUGUGCCAAUGCCUCGCGGUUGAGCCGUACACGUUCAAAGCGAACGACGUAGAACGCAUUACUGAAUAUCACUGCAUCCACGUUCUAGCCAAAGGACCGUGUACGCAUUCAGAAUUGACGGAUACGAUCAUGAAGAGUCAUGACAAUGCGGAUUUUCUAGAUGGAAUCCUUAGAGACAUCGCAGAUUUCCAGGAACCAGAUGCGUCUGUACAGGGGGGUCACAGGACGUCUGGGAAGUACAUACUGAAAACGCCGUUGUGGAAACACGUAGACACGCUGUUUCUUCUGUAUAUUAUGGGUUAGCACUAGUACCAGUACCACAUAUUCAUAUGUCAUAGUAAGUAAUUGUGUUAGCUGCUAACCGUUAGCACUAUGAUGUCAUAAGUAAUUGCGAUUUUAUUCCUCUUCUUGGGUUCUUCACGUUCACUUCUAACGUCCUCGUUGCAAGUAGAGCAGCUAGAAAACCAAAAUAUUAGGUCACUGAUGAUGAUUAGUAGAUCUGAAGAACCAGAGUGUCGCAACUUCUAGUACCAACCUUUCUAAUAUGAGCUGGAAAGAGCAGCACGAAAUUGAGGAGAAGAAACUGGAGAAGCUGGGUCCGAAAUUGGCGAAUACGUUUGUACCUACGCGCCACUUCGGUGAAAUUGAGCCAUUCGUUGUCCCCUGCUAUCGUCGGGGCUUGCGCAAGAUCGCUAGUGAACCGACCUUAGUUUCUGUGCCACUGGUAAGCUUGCUCCAGACCUACCUGCUUCCGCUAGAGAUGGUGAAUCAUCGCGGAUUGCACUUGAGCUUACUGUUGUUGCAGCGGUUGCUGAUGUUGGUGGACAGGAAAGCGGUGAUGGAGUGUGGCAGAAAGCACGAGAGGCGAAUCAACGUGUCCGCACAAGCAGCGGGGAACGUUUUUGCACUAGCAAAAGCCUUGGUUCAACCGGGCGAUGAAGUAUCCGGUGGUAGUCGCGGAGGUGACGCUUCACGUCACACGGGUGACACAGCAUUAAGGCUCCUUUGCCUAAUCCAUUGAUUUCAGAAACAUUUUACAACUUGCUUGGAGACGUUAUCGUGGUCCUUUUCGUCCAGAGGAUAAGGGUCGGUCCACUACAUUCUUUUAGAAGGAUGGUCUUCAAAAAUUGUUUUUAGCAUGAGGCUCUAAGAGCAGGUGAUGCGGAUCUGUUCGCGGAUCAUGAAGAACAUGAUUUUUACUCACCGUUUAUGUCCUCGACGUGGGAUCGCAACCGCAUAACCAUGGUGGAAGCCGCAAACACCAUCAUCGAAUUAGACUGCUGUGAAGUGUCACCGAACUGUCUAGCACGAUACGCGAUGGAAGGUGGUUUAGGUGGUGGAGGAACUGGAAGUAGUAGUAGAAAUAAUGCCAGUUGUACUAGCUCUACAUCUGGUGGAGGCUUUGGCUCGCCAUCCAGACCUUCCUCUGCUGCUGGAGCUGCGAGGUCACCAUUGACUUUGGAUACAGAACCUCUACAUGCGCUUGGUUCGGCAUCACAAGGAGACAUCAUGGACCCUAGCACAAGCAACAACAACCCUUCAAGUAGUUCCUGUACUUCCUCAUCCUCGUCCAGUAUGGUUCGUUUCUCACUUCUGCAGUGCUUUGAAGCGAUUUUGAAAGAGCCGUCUUGUAAACAACACGUCCACGUGAUCAAUCAAAACUUGGUGUUGCUCCAAUCCUACAACCUGUACGCACCAAGCGAGAGACGCAGGAGGCAGAACUUGCCUGGUGCAGCACCAGAGGAUGGUCUGAACAUCAUUCGUGACUUGAUGGCGAUUAGGAAAAAUAGCAGGGAGCAAACGGCAGGAGGAGGAACAUCUAGUACAAGCUCGUCAACAGCAGGCGUAAGCUUGUUCGGCUCUACUAGUCUCAGCACCUCUACUUCGACAACAGGUACAACUACAGGUACAACUACUCAUGCCUCAACUACAACUAGCAGUGCCACACAUCAAACCGCCUCCUCGUCAACUGCAUCGUCUUCACAGUUGUUCGCUACUUCCAGCAUAGGCGCAGCUUCUAGCGUGGGAGGUCGCAGUUCAACAGCGGCCGAGCGCACUCCUAGUUUGAUGUCCGAGCAUGACGCGAGUAUUUCUCGUCUCUAUUCUAUGGCGGACGGGACCUUGGAUGACGACGCUGCCAUGGAAGAUGCAGGCAUGACCGCUGAGAAGACGGAGGCUGAGAAAAAGAAGGAAGCCAGGAGGAAAAAACAAGCAGCCAUGUUGAAGAAGUUUAACAAGAAACAGAAAAACUUUUUGACGACGUCCGAAGAGGCUGCAAAUAUGUCGCCAAACAAGGGAGAUCUGGCCAAAACCAGUUCAGUUGGCAGUAAUGCAGCGAGUACGCUGACGCCAGCGAUUGCUUCAACCGCUGCUGAUCUGACGGCAGCUUCGAGAACAGGAUCCACGGGGGUAGUUGCUUUACAAGCUCCUAGCACCCCAUAUAACGCUAAUAUUAAGGGUAGGUUAAAGGUGCUUUUCUUACCGCUUUUUAUGCCUCUCCUAAGGGGGAAAAGCAUAACAAGCGGGGUAAGCGAGCACCAAAAACCUGCCUCUAAUAAUAAGAGCAUGCAAUUAGGAGCAGCCACGUCGCCUGCUUUGAUCUGCGAGGACGUUGACGCAUGUGAAGAAGCGGAGUGUGUAAUCUGCUUUUGCGUCCAUCCUGGUGAGAAGACAGGUGGAAAUCCUCUAGGUCGCAUGGCUCAUCUGCAACGCACCUGUGUUUCCAACGUCCCUCGGCUGAAACGUCAAGCAGCUGGCUCAUCAAACGGCUCUCCUUUGAAACCGAGGAAGCGAAAACGCGGUUUGAGUCCUCAGAAAAGUUUUCCUGGUGCAGUUAUCGGGAAUAGUGGUGCCGCCUCCUCAUCAGGGUCUACCACAGGCGGACUAGGACUUGCUCUAGGAGCAUCCUCAAAGGAGAAACUAGUCCUUGGAGGUGGGGAUGCUCCAACUUCUUUGGCACGCCUUCAGUCUGCGCCACCUCUGUUUGGUGGAGCAGCAAGUUCUAGUACGGCAGCUGAAUUCGACCGAGAUGGCGAUAGUGUCAUGAGCCCUGCUGUCAGAACACCAAAGAAACAUGAACAACAGAGGAGCAACACUGGAGAACCUCUGUUGGUGGGACAUGAGGUUUCAAAUAGCACAACUACUGGUGUAUUCGGACAAGAACAAGGACAUCUUCAAGCAUCUUCCUCAUCUAAUAUGAUCCCUCCCCCAACCCCUCCUAUCAUGGGAUUCUCUGCGGGUGACAUUUCCCCUGCUUGUUCCAGUCCUUUAAAUGAGGAGAGUAGUAGCGAAUCCUCAGCUUGCGAAGCGGGUCUUGAGGACCCUAACCAGAGGAGAAUGAACGAAAAGAAUGCGGCUCCUUUGAUUGAGGAAUUGGAGCCCGAACCCCCUAGUGUAGGCCUUUACGUGUGGUCUUGCUCGCAUAAGAUCCACUACGAGUGUUGGCGCAGACUGAGGCAUGGGGCGACGGCGGCCAACCUGCAUUGUCCGUAUUGCAAUCAUCCGGUCCAUGUCUUUAUCCCUGCAAAUCCGCCAGCAGCUUCGACUUUAGGUGUGCAGCAAAGACCAAACCUGUUGGAAGCAGGAACUGCAGCAUCGACCUUAGGGAUCACUACUGGAGGCGCAGCUGGGUCACCAUCCUCGGUGUCGAUCCGGAAUAGCAGAAGAGGUUUAGUGCCUGCGACGGGUGGCGUAGUUAGUCGAAUCACGUCCAUCGAGUCGGCAGGUGCUGUGGCAGGAGAGGCUAUUUCCGCAGCCUCUCUACUGUCCUCCUCCUCCUCGACAGCUACUUUAGAGGGAGCAUUGGAGAUUCAGGAGCAAGGGGAGUUCGAAAAUGUUCCACAUCCGUUUCCGGAGCUAGAAAACAGUCUAGCUUUAGCAGUGAUGCGCAAGCUAUCAUCGACGGAUAGAAGUGGCAAGCGAAAACCGAGGAAAAGUCAAGGCGAUGCGUCACCUCUUCUGCAACAGAGCGGUGGGUCCGAUGCUGAUGAAGUCAAAUUUGCAGAACAAAAGCAAGAGAAAAGUUCUGCAUCUUCUUCACUAGAUGGUACGAGCACGAAGACGAACACGAUGGGGUUGGGGGUGGAGGCUACGAGCUCACUCGUUGUAAACACUUCUAAGUACAACGAGCAAGAACAAGAAGAUGCCACCAUGCUUCAAGUGGAGAAUAGUACCGACAUCAGUCCAGCUCUCUGUCUCAACUCCACUGGAGCAUCUUCAUGCUCUUCAAGCAGUUCUCGUUCAAGUUCUCUGCAUCAGAAGCUAGUUUUGCGUAGCUUUUCUCAGAUGGAGGAGUGGGACUCGUUUUUUAAGAUGCCGAUUGGGCAACAGCAACUCCUUCUGGCUAUGCAAGCGUGCAAAUCCGUGUCUUGGGCUCUGAAAUCUCGAACGCCAGCCGCCACACCAUUCUGCAGUUUCCUUGACUGGAUCCAGAACGUUCGGCUGUUGAUUCGCGGACAAUACUGCUUGAUUCCGCCCGGCAGGAGUGAGCAGAGCGGAAUUAGCGGAGCGGGUGGGUUUGGCCGUGGCGGACAACUGAUGCUAGGACGUGGCGGAACACGACGAGGAGCAGGCACGAACACCGGGACUGGUCUCGGGGGCAUAGGCGGGAUUGGCUUAGGAAUAACAGAAGUGCUGCAGGCUGCACGACAGUUCGAAAACAGGACAAGAGCUUUGCUUCAAGAUCGGCAAGUGGUGCACACCACAGUAGGACAGUUGUUGAAUCGAGCUGCUGGCUCGACUAGGACUGGUCUCGAUCAUGGGGGAACCACUACAACUGCAGCAACAGGCACGAAUACUGGAGCAACUGGAGUUGAUGAAGGCACUCAAACAAUGCCUCCAGCUAGUACUACUGCUACAACCGCUAAUGCCUCUGCUUUUGCAGACUUCAUUGGAAGAGUCAACAAUGACACGGUUGGCGGUACACCAGUUCAAACAAGGAUGGCAAUAUCUACAGGCACUGUAAAUCAGGCACUAGAACAACAGCAAAUAUCUGGCGUUGUCUCUAUGGAUGAUGCAGACGACCUCCAGUUUGAAGAUGCGCGUGAUGGCUCUAGCCCGCUACUAGUUGGGGCUGCGAGUCCUAGUCCUAGAACUGGCACUACUGGAGGAUCAACAGGCUUAGGGUUAGGGCAAGGUGCUCAAGUUGGAGAACAACAAAUGCAAAUUGUAGCUCCUCCAUGGCCUGCAGAGGAUCAUGUCGCAUCCUUUUCAUCCUCCUCGUAUGCCUGGACAAAUACUGCCACAGGAGAUGCCACAACAGGAGAGCAACAGCCGAAAAGGGCAAGGACAGAAGCAGGAAGUGAAGUUCCAACAGAUCUUGGUUCAUCUUCAAGUAGUUCAGCAAGUGGUGUUGUUGCAGCUCCUGAACAAGGUUCUAGUUCAGGUGCAGAAGUUGCAGGUCCAGGUUCUAGUUCAGCAGCACCUUGGGGUUUCUCCGCUUUUCCACUUGCUAGAGGCAGCAAUCCCCCUAGCAGCGAUCCAAACAGCAGAAGACCGUCGUCACAGAGCUCGGUCGUUCCUCUUGUGUUCAAUCAAGUUCAACAAGGUGGUGCGACGGGGUCUUCAGACGCAGCAGCAACGGGAGGAGCAUCACCUCAGUCUGGUUUCUUACUUCAAGGUUUAGGGCAGUUGUUUCAGCAGAGUGCUGAGACGUCGAGGCAGAUCAUUGCAGGAACACUGAUGAACCGGAGCAGUACAACUGGAUCCAAUGUUGGAAGCCCCACGUUGUUGAACAACAACGGUGCUCCCAGAGCCUCGUCAGCUGGCAGUGUAGUUUCUUCAUCGAACAACAUGUUGGUCCAGCAGCACUUAGGCACCAGUAGUAGUGGUGAUGGAGGAGCCUUGAUGCCUUCUAAUACAAGAACAGGUCGUCCUGCAGCUCUUGCACCUUCAGGAGGUAUGCUCGAUGACCAGUCCUCGGGUAAUAUUGUUCGGUUAACGCCGUCCUCGUUUGCGGAGAAUUGCAAUCAACAACCGAGUCAAGCUGGGUCCUUCGACACAGCUAUGGAGGACGUCGCUAGUUCAUCUGGCGCCUCUGAUGCCGCUGGUGAACAACAACUACAGGGAGGACCUCUAUUAGGUGGUGGGCCUGCUGGAGAAUCCGCGUUUAGCAUGGUUAAUAUCACUUCUACUUCUAGUGCUGGAGGAUCGGAAGUUCAUACUCACACUGCUAAUCAUGCUCCUCCUGAAGGAAGACCAGCCUCUACGUCACCGCAAAUGAGCAAUCAGGUUUUGAUGACUCCGCGAUCGCGGUCUGACUCGGUUGAGGAGGCGCCCUCGUCUCCCUCGCCUCUUAGAGCGGGAGGCGAGAACCUUCACCCAGAGCAGGAUGCUUCUCAGCAGCUUGCCGCUCUUCUUGCUGCUCCCCCUGCCUCUUCUGGCGCUCCUGCUCCGACUACUGGCGGAAUCAAUGUUGGAGGUACUACUGGUAGUGGUGCGACGCCAUCUUUCUCAAUCUCAAGUGCUGGAGGUCCUGGAGCAGCCGCCACAGCCACUUCUAGUACUACAACAGCAACAACCAACCCAGGUGAGCAACAAACAUCAGAAGUAGAGCUCCGUAUCUUGCGUCAGUUUUUAGCUGAGAGUUUAGGCAUGUCUGGCAUCGAUCUAGACCGCUGUUCGCCCGAACUACGAGCACGACUAGACAGCGCAGCAAGGACACUGAGUAGCGUGAUUUCCACGACACAUGAAAUGCAAGCUCAGUUUUCACAAAUAGACUCCUUGACGACUAGCAUCAAUGAGAGGCUCAACGCUCUAGAGAAUAGUGACGAGGGAGCAACGAAUUCGCCAACUGGCACUGCCGCAAUUGCACAUCCAUUUCAGACUGUGGGAGGUGGCAAUGGUGCACCAGGUGGUCCACUGAUGGCUCCUCGAAAUCAUCAUCGGCCAGAUGCUGCAGCUGGUCAACAACUACCUUCUAUUCCUUUUAUUGGGAAUAACCGAUCGGUUGGAGCUGCUGGAAGUGCAACUGUGGAACAGGGUACAACUACAACUAGUACAGGAGCCGUUGCUUCUUCGAAACUUUUGACAAGUAGCAGCAUCGCUGGCGCAACUACAGCUGGUGCCCGCAAGGGUGAGACAGAAGCCAUGCGAACGGUGAUGCGCAGUCUUGCUCCCCAUCCUGUCGCCAUUUUAGGUUCUGUCUUAGCUGAUCAGAUCCGCUUAGACGAGAUCCGACUACGCGCCAAAGGCACCUUUGUUCUCGAACCCAAGCGUUUGGACCUGUUGAGGUCUUUCGUCGACAGCAUUCAGGCUUACAACGCGUUUGCUCCUCCGGGGUUUGCACAGGCAUCACCCCCUGGUCGUGGUUUGACGACAAGUGCAGGAGCCGCGUCCUUUCAAUCGGCGUCUUCGUUGAUUGGACCACCGCCACCUUUUUCUCCGCCAAGAAGUGACGCAACUACAACUUCUGGUGGAGACGACCAGCAACAAAAUGCUCUUGCACAAGAACAGAACAACAACCUCCAGCAGAAAGAGCAACAACAUCAGCUGAACAACAUGCUAGAUUUGGAGAAAGGUGAAGGAGCAUCGAAGCGUAGUAGUCUCUACUUCUCGGCAACAGAGCUUCUAGUGCGCAAAAUCGUCUGUACAGCGAUCCCAUGUGAUCCUGCGGUUCUGCAUGAGUGGUCCACUUUUGGCAGCGUUCUUUCCGUUGACCUAGCACGUCAAACGGGCUUGAUCUCGCUGAUGCACACACUGAAGUUGCUUUUCGCAACUCUGGAAUCCGAGUUUUCGUUCUUGGAAAUCCCCUACUUCGCACCGGGGUUUCAGACCGAACCGACGGUGUUCGAUCUGUACCGAGACAACCAGGGAGCGGGCGAGAAACUCUCGCGUGAGCUGUUGUCCCGCACGAACAACGUGAACCUGCAAAUGACUCUGACAGGACUGGAGGAUGAUAAGAUGGACGGUUCGGGAAGGAGACCCUCGUCCAGUUCUAAAGCUGUAUCUUCUACUAUGGCCCCACCACCGGCGCAGUUGGAUUCCUGUUCUUCUGCUGGCAUUGUAGUCCCUCAAACUACAGAAGAAUCAGGUUCUUCCGGUAGUAGUGCCUCAGGGGGAGACGAGGCCGAUACGCCGUCAGGAGGAAGGCCACCGAAUGCUCCAAGAGGCGAGCGUGUAACUGCUGGUGCUGGAAAUAGUCUCUACAACGCUUUCCCUUUUUCCUCCAAGACGCGAACGGAUCUGCUCACCAGGCAUGAUUCCCUCAUUUCCGAUGUCGGCACAGCAGAAACGAGCUCUCCAGACAAAAAGUCCGUUCUUUUAAGGCUUUUUCUACUCGUCAUCCAUCUUCGGAAAUAAAAGCGGUCUACGUAGGUACCUGCUUAGAGACGUUUUCAAGGGCGGGAAAACGCUCUCGGGAUGGACAGCGAGAUGGAUUACCAUUACCUAGGGUACUAAUAAAUCAGCUCUAAUCCUUUCAGACUGCAUUUCCACACUCCUGAAUGGCCUAGAAGAACUCCAGAACGGCAAUGGAGAUGAUGCUCUAGAAGAAGAUUUGUUCCACAUAUUCGACCAAGAGGAUCGGGAACAGAGGGAAGAGCUGCGUAGGGAAAAGAACGAGCUCCGACGGGCUGCGGAGUACUUCGUCUUGUCAGAAACGGAGGCGAGAAACCUAGUGGGAGUCGCUAUUUUGCCUUUGUUGCGGAGACAGUGUCUGUUGCAGCAUGUCUUAUCAAAUUCGUGCUACGAUAUUACUACAGCAGGAGCAUCUACAGGCUCGGCCGGCGAACAAGCACAACCUCCACAGACAACCAUUAUACUAGGACAACCAGGAGUUGUAUCGGGAGCAACUUCUUCCAGCACACCUCCACCUACACCUUCUACCCCUUCUUGGUCCAGCGGUGAACUACCACCAGUUGACAAGGAAAUCGCUGCUGGGCGCAUUACCAACGCCUGGGAACAUGCAUGUUACUUGGCGAAGUGGGCGGGUCAUGAUCUGGAAGCGGUUUUGAAUUUUACUAGUCCGGCAGGUGGAGCUUCAUCAUCUGCUCAACACUCAGGUGCAGGUCUCCAAGUCCCUCGUUACAUCUGGAAGAAGAUGAACAACGCAGUAGAGAAGUGGCGCAAUAUUAAGGCUUCUACAACCGCUCAAGCAUGUCCCUGUGAUAACACUUAGUGAAUAUCAUCCUUGGCUCUUCUUUUUGUACAACUUGAAAAAUGGCCCAAGAAGGAUGCAGUCACGACAGGGAAGAUGCUAGGGCGGUUGUAGCGCUAACAAUAGUCGCAAAGCUGCUAGUCGCGCAGUGGUCGAGCUAGUUCCCAGUCUGAAUCAAAAAGCCGUUGAUGAGUUGACUGGUCGCCAGAUCCCUUACAUCAGGCCUAAGUUUGCCAAGAACUCCUCCUUCAUCCGCCUGAGCUGCAAACAGGACUGCGUGAACCAGUAUGCAGCGGAGUACAGCAAACAAGUGUCGUCUGGGUCGAAGCCGUCUAGCUUGUUGUUGAGCAAUCGCUGUUUCUAUUUAGAAUUUCAUUUAUUGGGAUUCGGGAAAACGCCAACUGGCCAUGAGAUUGUUUUGGCCGGAAGUGAUGAAGCCGCAUCUGCAAGUGCCGCACCAGGAAGUGGAAACGAGAACAAAAAUACUUCUUCUACUGUUGCCGGCGGAGCAGCAGCAGGCAGCUCUACUAGUUGUAUGAGCACAACGGCGCAGCUGAAGACUACUACGUCAUCCGCCGGAACAGCAGCAGCAUCUUCAUCCUCAUCCGGAACAAACAACUCCUCAACAAACAACGCAAUGCUUCCAACUUUGCUCCAUUUCAACCAUAAUGGCGGUGUUCUCAUCAAGCUACCGUACUUGUACCAAACGUUGUACACGACCUACAUCCACAAGCAAUGCCCUUUGUGCUUUCCACCGCCACCAGGCAGCGCUGGCGCGCCAGUGAUCGGCGGUGCAGGACCUGGCGCCUCGUCAAGCAGCGCGUCGUCAAGCAGCACGUCGAACCAACCUAAAGUUUCCUUCUUGUGCCUCUUCAGUGGUCGUCAUCUCUGCGCUGGAGGAGGUGGCAUGUUCCAAGAGAUGUACGGGCUUGGACACCACGCCAGUGCGGGGAAUCCAAAUUUUAUGGAUGAAGAUUCUGGCAAGAUAAUGAUAAAUUCAUAAGAGAACGAGAGUCCUUUCACGAGUUUGAGACUCUCUUAUUGAUCAUGCAUGAUAGUGAAGUUUUGAGUCGUGCUUAUGCUUUUGAGACGUUCAAGCCACGCAGGGGACUUGUUGUAUGGUUCUGGUCUUUGGUAUAGCCUGAAUUUGAUCCUAAGGGUUCUCUUCUUGUUUUCCCUUAUGAUCCAAUUCAGGUUACCGUUACCAAAUACCGGAGCCAUACAUUAUUAAGCGGUUUCCUGAUCCUCCCCUCCUUGUCCUUCUACUCCCUUAGAGCUCCCUUACCUUCGCUCCCUCCAAAUGAAUACCCAGCUUUUCUAUCGUUGUUCCUCUGCCUUGUCCAUGUGCUCUACGGCAACAUUAUGCACACAUGAAAUUCUUCCUCUGCCUUGUCCAUGUACUCUACGGCAACAUUAUGUACACAUGAAAUUCUCCCUCAUCUUCUAACCCUUGUCCGAAUUCCUUCACAAAGCACGCUCCGAAAUGCGCAGCCGGUUUGUCAGUCUUGAUGAACCUGCUCUCCGGUCUUGUGCAUAUUCAGAAGGAUGACAAGAUUUGCGUGUGGGGUGCGAUUUACCUUGACGCCUACGGCGAAGAAGAUAGGUACCUGACGCGUGGUAAACCCUUGUACCUGUCACAAGCCAGAUUGGGGCAAUUGACAGCAGCGAUCGCGGCACACUCUUUUGACUCGGAUACCAAAUUAGUGUGGAAACAGCUUUGAGCUGCAAAAGCACUGGGGAUGAUGAGGAAUUAAGGUUAUUCGUGGUCUUUGAACAGAUUGCAUAGUAGAAGUACAAAUACUGCACAGAAAAUCUGCAAAGAAAGUCCUGAUAGUAUUAAAAAGAACUGAGUAUGGAAAAUAUAAGUACUCAUUAUAUAUAGGUAAGGUACAUCUUCAAGAACAAUGAAAACUUUUAUAGAGAACUCAUUGCUAACCGUAACGACCGUCAUCGCGCUACAUAAAUUUUACUGUUGCAUAGUUGAGUUGCUGUACUUACAUCACAUCAUGGAAAUCGUAAUGUCUCGGUGUACUAAAUAUAGAGUUAAGACGAAGAAUGAAUAAUUUUCACUGAAGACGACAUACUUACAAAAUACGGAUUGUUCAUCUUUCUACUGAUGCAAAUUGUCAUUGGUCUUUUACCGUUCUUGUACCACAUAGAAGCCAUGGUGAGUUUGUUUUUUGUAAAAAGGGUGUAGUAUCUAGUGUAAAGUGUAUGUUUGUAGUUAAAAAUUGAAAUUCAGGAUCCAUAACCUAACCUAACCGAAAAAUUAUGUUUUGCGAUUUUUGAUGGUAAUACUCUCUCAUCUGAAAUAAAGUAAGUAAUUUAUCUGCAGCAAUAACGGUAACGGUUUAUCUAUUCGUACAUGAUCUGUGAGCAUCAAGCUCGGGCAACUUCGAUCUUCUCCAACAGUCUAUUCAUUGCACAGAGAUCAUAGGGAUUGAAUACGAGAUUUUUUGAAAAGUGAAUGCACAGUAUCGACAAGAACGAAGUAGUAAGUCGUAAGUAUACGUAUAGUGGGUGACAAACGUCGAAUGAAGAGUAUCAUCUAGAAAUAAGAAAAAUGAACUGUAAAGCGAGAAGAUAGAGGAAGCAGUAGAAGUUAUGUGAGCGAAUCAAGAGAAGUAAGCGCAAUCGAAAGUUGUAGGUUAGCUUCAAUAGCAGGUCCGGUUGUGAAUGUACUACUCAUCCGCGGAAGCAAGCAAGAACUGCAUCAUCAUGAUCGUCAUGGAUCGCAUGGUUUUGCAAUAGCUACAGGUAUCGUUUUUGCAAGAAUCAGAAUGAACUAACAUCGAUUUCAUCGCAAUGAACAAAAUAAGAAGGGCUUGAUAAAAAAGGUAAUGUUGUUGUAUCAAAGAAAAACAUCAAAAAUAUCAAGCAACUACUGUCUAAAGACAAACCACCAAGUACAACGAAGACCCCUAGUUGUAGUUGUCUCGCUCUCGACGACGAUGAGGCAAAGAAACUUCAAUAUUUAAAACGUACUCCUAGUGCUAGUAAAGCAUCUCUUUCUAACGAAUCUACAAAUUACGCACAGAUAAAAGACUAACAAUUACGUAUAUAUAAGAAAGAUAUAACAAUCGUAAUCGAUUUGAAAUUAUGUUCUUCCUCAGCCUCACGACAGUCAAACUUCCUACAACUUGACAUUUCUCUCACUGCUUGUACAUAUGUUUGAUGCGGUUGUACUUAAUAUCAUAAAAGUAU